CCUCCGAAUCUUCGCGGAGUGUGCGCACGCCCAGUUUGGGAUGAGCCAGGAAAACAAACUGAACGGAACAGGAAUGGGCAAUUGUGUAUUGUAAAAUAGUAAAUCACGACAGCUACGCUCACAGCAUCGUCCUAGAAAUUGGGAUUGUGUAGCUGUUUCUCUUUGGUUCUAACAACACGUAUAUUAAUCAACGGAAAUGCCGAGUAAUAGGACAGACAAAGGCGAGAGGUCGGAGGUGAGCGACAAUGUCAAGGUGGUGGUGCGAUGUAGGCCCCUCAACCAGAAAGAGAAAAUGAUGGGUCAUAAACUGGCCGUCAGUGUGGAUGAGAUGCGAGGGACCAUCACGGUGAACAAACAUGAAACAACCAAUGAGCCACCCAAAACAUUCACAUUCGACACAGUUUUUGGCCCAGAAAGCAAGCAACUAGAUGUCUACAAUUUGACAGCAAGGCCCAUUGUGGAUUCUGUACUGGAAGGAUACAAUGGAACAAUAUUUGCGUAUGGGCAGACGGGCACCGGUAAAACGUUCACGAUGGAAGGUGUCCGAGCUGUGCCAGAGCUCAGAGGAAUAAUUCCGAAUUCCUUCGCUCACGUCUUUGGCCACAUAGCCAAAGCUGAGGGAGACACCAGGUUUUUAGUCAGAGUUUCCUAUCUGGAGAUCUACAACGAAGAAGUGCGAGACCUCUUAGGCAAAGACCAAAUGCAGAGAUUGGAGGUUAAAGAGAGACCUGAUGUAGGUGUGUACAUCAAAGAUCUCUCAGGAUAUGUGGUGAACAAUGCAGAUGAUAUGGACAGGAUCAUGACCCUUGGACACAAGAACCGUUCGGUGGGGGCAACCAACAUGAAUGAGCACAGCUCCCGCUCCCACGCCAUCUUCACCAUCACCAUCGAGUGCAGUGAGAAGGGGGUGGACGGAAACCAGCAUGUCCGCAUGGGCAAACUGCACCUGGUGGACCUCGCGGGGUCGGAGAGGCAGGGGAAAACGGGAGCCACGGGUCAGCGGCUGAAGGAGGCCACCAAGAUCAACCUGUCGCUCUCCACCCUGGGGAACGUCAUCUCUGCUCUGGUGGACGGCAAGAGCACCCACGUGCCUUACAGGAACUCCAAACUCACCCGCCUGCUGCAGGACUCGCUGGGAGGCAACUCCAAAACCAUGAUGUGUGCAAACAUUGGGCCUGCAGACUACAACUACGAUGAGACCAUCAGCACCCUGCGCUAUGCUAACCGUGCUAAGAACAUCAAGAACAAAGCUCGCAUCAACGAAGAUCCCAAGGACGCUCUACUUCGGCAGUUCCAGAAGGAGAUUGAGGAGCUCAAGAAGAAGCUGGAAGAGGGCGAGGAGAUAUCUGGCUCGGAGGGCAGCGGGUCGGAGGAGAUGGAUGAAGGUGAAGACGAGGCUGGAGAGGGCGGAGAGCGUCGGCGCAAGCGCAGAGACAGUGAUGGCAGCAGCAGUGGCAACAGCUCCGACUCUGCCUGCUCUCUAGCGCCCCCCAUUGACGACAAGCCCCCAACUAACCAAAGAGGAAAGAAGAAGGUGUCUCCCGACAAGAUGGUGGAGAUGCAGGCGAAGAUCGAGGAGGAGCGGAGAGCCCUGGAGGCCAAGCUGGACAUGGAGGAGGAGGAGAGGAACAAGGCGCGCGCCGAACUGGAGAAGAGGGAGAAGGACCUGCAGAAAGCACAGCAAGAGCACCACCUGCUGCUGGAGAAGCUGUCGGCGCUGGAGAAGAAGGUGAUCGUGGGCGGCGUGGACCUGCUGGCCAAGGCUGAGGAGCAGGAGCGGCUGCUGGAGGAGUCCAACGCGGAGCUGGAGGAGCGCCGCGAGAGGGCCGAGCAGCUGCGCCGUGAGCUGGAGGAGAAGGAGCAAGAGCGUCUGGACAUUGAGGAGAAGUACACCAGCCUACAGGAGGAGGCCCAGGGCAAGACCAAGAAGCUGAAGAAGGUCUGGACCAUGCUGAUGGCCGCCAAGUCCGAGAUGGCUGACCUGCAGCAGGAGCACCACCGUGAGAUCGAGGGGCUGCUGGAGAACAUUCGCCACCUGAGCCGUGAACUCCGGCUGCAGAUGCUCAUCAUAGACAACUUCAUCCCCCAGGAGUACCAGGAGAUGAUUGAGAACUAUGUCCACUGGAAUGAAGACAUUGGCGAAUGGCAGUUGAAGUGCGUGGCAUACACUGGGAAUAACAUGCGGAAGCAAACCCCUGUGUCUGACAAGAAGGAGAAAGAUCCCUUUGAGGUGGACCUCUCUCACGUGUACCUGGCCUACACAGAGGAGAGCAUGAGGCAGUCCCUUAUGAAGCUGGAGAGGCCUAGGACCUCCAAGAGUGGCAAGUCCCGGCCCAAAACAGGACGCAGGAAGCGAUCCUCCAAGCCAGAGGCAGUAAUCGAAUCCCUCCUGCAGUGAGCACGAGGCAGAACAACUGUGUAGAUCUGGAGAUGAGGUGGCCCUAGGAAGAGUACUUAGUCUGUCGUAAACCUAAAAUCACCCAUGGAGAGAUUGCAAAAGGCUAUGUGUUUGAAAAAUCUCUCUCCAUGUGAUGUGUAAAAUAACACUACAGAACAAAAGUCUUAAAUCUUAGUACUCAUGCAUAACUCUGAACAGUGAAGUAGCUGUUGUGUGUGUUUUGGAUGGAUGGGUUGAAAGGUCAUGGGAUUCCAAGAGGCCUGUAAUAAACGUUAUAUUGUAAUUUGCUUACUGUUUUUCCAACCUGAAAACACUGAAUACCCUUAAAAAAAGAAGUUUGCUCAUUUAACCAUUUAGAGCUUCAUUGCAAGUAUGUCUGGGCAUCACCGUGAAUGAGCAAGGUUAGUAAACGAGGCAUUUGUUUUUAUUAUUUCAGUUAAUCAGGUCAUGAAGCUUGCACAAAGGGAAACAUGAACACUAAACUUUGUCAUUGUCUAAAUCUGAAUGCCAGAGAGUGAGAUGGAGGAUGGAAGAGUUGCUAGGAUAUGUUGACGUAAUACCCUAGAGUAAACAUGGGUGUAGAGAUCACCUGAUGUGUGGAAUGAGCCUGUAGUCUUUUACUGGACAUGGCAGUGUGUUUGCGCUGUACAUUUGUUUGUAUUUUUCUUUUAGGGGAAGCGGAUGUGGUUGCUUUGGAGGUUAACGUUUAAGGCUUGCAUGCUAUAACACCCAUCCCCUCCACUGUUCUGUAGUGCCAUGCAAGACUAGGUCAUUUUCAAAAUGUACUGUCAAGAACUGCUUGAUUUUUUUUUAAUUAUUUGUAUUAUAUUUUAAAAAUGUUUACAUGUUGUGUGCUUUCAUCUAAUGUAUAUCUGUUAAUUUAUUAAAUUAUUUUACUGAUUUA